AUGUCAGUUUCUAAUGAUAGCACAGUUAAGGAAUUGCUUAUAUAUCAGCAAAUUUUCCUGCUUGCAAUGACUGAAGGCAAAAUAUCAAAAGUCAUAUUUUCAAUAUUAAUGUCUCUGUUCUUUAUCUAUUUGGAUGCUAUCAUGGUCUAUACUCUUUGGAGUAAGCCUGUUUUUAAAGUGACAACACGCUACAUUCUGUUUAACCACAUGCUUUUCAAUGACUCAAUACAUCUCAUUUUUUCAUCUUUGUUGUAUGUUUUAAUUCUGGCCUCUCUCAAGUUAGUCAUGGCUGCUUGUACUGUAUUAGUUUUUGUUUCAGGCACAACUUUCUAUAACGCACCUUUAAACCUGGCUGUGAUGUCACUAGAGCAUUAUGUGACUAUAAACGUUCCUCUAAGACAUGCAGAAAUAGCCACUCAGAAAAGAACUUAUAUUGCUAUUGGAAUUAUUUGGAAUAUAAGUAUGAUGCACUUUAUAAUUGACAUUUGA